CCAAUGAGGGGACGGCGGCGCUGCACGAGGUGGCGGACACAGAAGCCGCGGCUGUUGCUAACCACCAUCACCACCACCACAGCUACAGCCGCCGUCUCGUCUCUCUCUCUCAUCCCCCACCCCUCACCUCGGCUGCUGGCCUCGGCUCAUGUCUCGUCGCGCUCGCUCGCCACUCGCACCCACGCCCUCCGCUCCAGCCACCGCGACACCAUGUCCGGUAACUUCUGGCAGAGCUCUCACUUCCAUCAAUGGAUACUGGACAAACAGGACAUCAUGAAGGAGCGACAGAAAGACUUGAAGAACCUCACUGAAGAAGAAUACUGGAAGAUACAUAUCUUCUUUGCGAAUGUUAUCCAAGCGUUGGGUGAGCAACUAAAACUCAGGCAACAGGUCAUAGCGACGGCCACUGUUUACUUCAAGCGAUUCUACGCGAGGUAUUCCCUACAAUGUAUAGAUCCUGUGCUGAUGGCUCCUACAUGCGUGUUUCUGGCCUCAAAAGUGGAGGAAUUUGGUGUUAUAUCAAAUAGUCGCCUCAUUACAGCCGCCUCGACCGUGUUCAAAAACAAGUUCUCUUACGCGUUUUCAAAAGACUUCCCUUUCCGAGUCAAUCACGUGUUAGAAUGUGAAUUUUACCUACUUGAGCUAAUGGAUUGCUGCUUGAUUGUGUAUCAUCCUUACCGGGCGCUUACACAGUAUGUGCACGACAUGGGGCCUGACGAACAGCUGCUGCAGAUUGCCUGGAAAAUUGUAAAUGAUACAUACAGGACUGAUUUAUGUUUAAUGUAUCCACCCUUCAUGAUUGCACUAGCGAGCCUCCACAUGGCAUGCGCCAUCCAGCAGAAGGAGCCUCCCAAGGAGCACCAGAAGGAGGUUCUGCGCGAUGGCCGGCACUGGUUUGCGGAACUCUCCGUCGACAUGGACAAGAUCCUGGAAAUAACCCGAGCCAUCCUCAAGCUGUACGAGGUGUGGCAGAGCUACGACGAGAAGAAGGAGAUUGCGUCGAUCCUCAGCAAAAUGCCCAAACCGAAACCUCCCCCCAACGGAGAUGAAGCCGGAGUGAAUACAGGUCACUUGAUGUGAAGCAAGCACAUGCCCUGUGAAUCUCUACCGAUUCCCUGCAGCAGGAGGAAGUGGCUUUCAUCGUUCACUGCGUGUUUUUGUGCUCUCCGUGAGAAUUAAAAAAAGUGCCUUUUAAAUUGCGAGACAUCGGAUCGGGACAGGAGCCAGUUAGUCCGUCUGGGAUCGGACGAACCGUCGAGAUGAUCGCGCGGGGGAACUUGACCAUCCCCAAAACAUGCGACUCCACGUUUACCGAAUAAUGGCGCGUGUUCGAAAAACGAAAUUGUACAUUUCCAAUGAAAUAUUCGUGGCAUUUCAAGGUUAUUUCUUUUUUCCCAUCUACAGUAUUUACAUUUUCGAGAGUGGAUCAUCCUUUCGAGUAAUUGAGCAGUUCCAAUUAAGAUGACUUUUUGAGGGAGACGGGGGUGAGGGCAAACCAAAAGAACAGGGCCAAACUCGCGUGUGUGUACAUAUGAAGAUAAUCCAACUCGGCCAGACAGGUAGUCUUGUUGGAAACGAGUUGUUACCGCCUUCUGCACUCACAACCUUGUUGAUCUGCAGCAGCUGCCCGAUGCACAUCACUGGUGUCACGCCUCCAGCCAGAGCUGAUUAGGCAACCUGUGCGAUCCUUCAAUUGGAAAUCCCCCCCCCCCCCCCCAUCGACACUCUCUCUCUCCGGGUUGAAGGCAGACAUCAUGACCGCACCAAAUCAGUUGCCAAGAUGUCCCCAAAUAAGCAUGUUUUGUUUUCUCUUAACAUUUUUAAGGACAACAAAUGUGCAAAACUAUGGCCAGUCCAAAGCUUAAUGGUGGUGUCAUGACCACUGUUACAGUGUAUGACAGACAAGCCAGCAUACUUUCCAGUUGACAGGAAUGUAUUUCAGCAGAAGAUUUUCUGUCACGGCCUCGAGGCAACUGCCCCGCACUGAUUUGUUGAAACUGAGCAACGCGGACGAUCGGAAUCCGGCUUUCGAGCCAAUGAGGUUUGACAGCUCGGUCACGAAUGACGACUAUAAAAAACACACCCAUGUCCAAAUCGUUUUUUUCCCUCUCCACCUCACACAGUGUCUUUAGAUGGUAUAAAUAGAUGCCCGAAUGAGUAUUGUUGCUGCUUUGCAGUACUGUGACAGGUGGUGACGUCUUGGAGUGUGGUGGGAGAAGGAGGGGGGGAGACCUUCAUCCAGCAGUGGAUCGGUCAUGCCUGAUGACACCACAUUCAUUGUGAGAGAUGGCGAAGGCUUUUGGGAAGACGUCAUGCUGCAGUAAAUGUGUUGGUGCUUGAUGAUACUAAAUGCAUACCAUGUAUGUUGAACUUUUUUCACGCCAUAUGUAGCCAACCGUGCUAAUCAGCGGGGCUGGGGGAAAGGACAUCAGGCUAAACACAAAAAAAAAAUGCUGAAGAAAUUAGUUAAGUCAAUGUAGACGAUUUAAAAGUGUUUAGCUCCAAUGGCUUCCUAAUAUCUGCAUGAAGAAUCGUUCCAGACGGCCGCAGAAGCGCAUUACCCCUUACCCAGUACGAAGAGCGCGGUCUCGUUUCGGACAAGAGGCAUGUUUUUUUUAAAGGUAUUUUUUUUAGCAGUAGCUUUGUGAUAUCGCCCAAGCCUGAUGCGACCACGAUAGUUCGACUUUGUGCCUGAGCGCAAACGCCGUCUGCGACGUCUGCCGCCGCCCAAGUGACGCAAAGCGGCUCCGCCACCGAUCCAGCUGGCGCGUCGUGCGUUUACCGCGGGGAUUGUUCUGUUGCUGCCGUUGUCAACGUCAGUUUCAGUUUGUACUCUCUGGUUCUUUCGGUAAAGUCACGAAGGUAGAAAAAUAAAAUCAAAAGAAUAUUUUUUAUUCUUUCGGUAAAGUCACGUAGGUAGAAAAAUGAAAUAAAUAUAUUAAAUAAAUAUUCUUUCGGUAAAGUCAUGUCGGUAGAAAAAUGAAAUAAAAAUAUUUUUUAUUCGGUAAAGUCACGUACGUAGAAAUUUUUAAUUAUUUCGGUAAAUUCACGUAGGUAGAAAAAUAAAAUAAAAAUAAUUUCAAUUUGUUUUCUUUCGGUAGAAAAAUAAAAUGAUUUCGGUUAAGUCACGUAGGUAGAAAAAUUAAAUAAGUAAUAUAUUACUUUACCGAAAUAAUUUUAUUUUUCUACCUACGUCACUUUACCGAAAGAACCAAAAAGAGUAUGGAUUCCUGCAGUCACGAAAGCUUCAAAUCAAGAUUACGUUUCAAUUGCGCGGCUUCUUUUCGCCUUUGUGUUCUCACAAAAGCGCCUCUUGCGUUUGCGCGAGGCGGGCGAUGGAUGAGGCCCCCAAACUCCGCCCUCACCUGCGGAGCGCGCAGUGGACACGUGGAGAGAGACGCGUGGAGAGAGACGCGCACGCAACUCGCGUGCGUGGCCCCUCCUGGCGACCUCGUCGGCCGAUGCCGAUUCGUCAACUCGCAGCUGAACGCCGUCAAAACGGGCAGCAGAACGCACGGCGUGUCAACUUAUAAUUUGCUGAUGGGGGUGUGAGUUUUUUUCUAUUUAAAAAAAAAUCCGA